AUGGCGCCCUUCGUCGUCGGCGCGUCGCUGCCCUACCUCGUGCUCCGCGUGCCGCGGUCCGUGCUCCUGGCGACGGCGCUCGCGGCGCUCGCGGCGUGCCCGGACGGCGAGCUCAAGAAGGAGCUCAAGGUCGUCUUCGAGGGCGAGGCCGGCGUCGACGAGGGCGGGCCCCGCAAGGAGUUCUUCCAACUCCUGGUGCCCCAGCUCUUCGACCCCAUCGUCGGCAUGUUCGCGCGGACGGCGACGGGCGCGGGCGACGAGAUCUUCUUCAACGCCGCGUGCGACUGGUACGACACGGAGUUCGAGCUCGCGGGGUUACUGGUGGGUCUCGCGGUCUACAAUUCCGUCGUGCUCGAGGUGCGCCUGCCGCGCGUGGCCUACAAGAAGCUGCUGGCCGCGUCGCCCGCGGCGAACGCGUCGUGGCUCGCGGACGACGACGCGGCGCGCUACACGCUCGACGACUUGGCGGAGCUCGACGACGACCUAGCGCGGGGCCUGCGCAUGUUGUUGGCCUUCGAACCGCCCGAGGACGUGCGCGAGACGUUCUGCCGCACGCUCGUCGACGCGGACCCGCUCGCGCCCGCGUCGGACGGCGCGGUCGUCGACUUGGUGCCGGGCGGCUCGGAGAUCGCGGUGACGGCGGAGAACCGCCACGCCUACGUCGAGGCGCUCGUGGACUGGCGCCUGCGGCGGUCCGUCGCGGCGCAGUUCGACCGCUUCGCGUCGGGAUUCUGGCGCGUGCUCAGCGGGAGCGCGCUCGAGCGCGUCGUCGAGCCCGACGAGCUCCGGGUCAUGGUCCAGGGCGACGAGGACGGCCUGGACCUGACGGCCCUGCGGCCCGUCGUCGUCUACGAGGGCUUCGGCGACGCGCCCGACGGCCACCCCGUCGUCCGCGCGCUCUGGGCCGCGGUCGACGCGCUCGACGAGGACGGCCGCCGCCUCUUCCUCAUGUUCACGACGGGGUCCAAGACGGCGCCCAUGGGCGGCCUCGGCGCCCUCCGGCCGCCGGCGCACCCGGCCUUCCGCAUCCAGCGCGCGGGGCCCGACUCGUCGAACCUCCCGACGAGCCACACGUGCUUCAACACGCUCCUCCUGCCGGACUACGACCCGCCCGACAAGGUCGCCCACCUCCUCAACAUCGCCAUCCGCGAGUGCGAGGGGUUCGGCCUCCAAUAG